UACAAGCUCGUUCUCAUCCCUAACAGGCGAACCUUUGCUGAGUCGACCACAGCUGCUACUUCGACGUGAUAUCAUUCGACCCUGGGCACGCGAAGACCUGCUUCUUCCUUGUGUCGCCAGAGGUCACCCCACUCCCACCGUCACGUGGUACCACGAGGACGACGCCCGUGGGCGUGUGGGCGUGGGUAGCAGUGGGCGCGUUCAGGUGGUGGAGGGCCAACUGCUGAUCACAGCCACCAGACAAGAGGACUCCGGACACUAUCUCUGCGUCGCCAACAACUCCGCCGGGACGGAUUCAUACAGAGUGAACAUGAAGGUGAGGGAACAUCUGAGCGCUUCGGUCGAACCUAACCUUCAUCGCGUUGACCUGGGGCGUCCUACCCGCCUCAUCUGUCGCGUGUCGGGCUCGCCUGUCACCUCCCUCACCUGGUACAAGGAUGGCCGGCCUCUGCCCUCACUGCCCAGACUCACCACCUACGACACCACUCUCCACAUUGGACAGGUGUCUCGGGAGGACGGAGGAAUGUAUCAGUGUCUGGCCAGAAAUGACGAGGACUCUGCGCAGGCCGCCGCGCAGGUCGACCUCGGGGGUAAGUAUCCAGCUUCGUGUUGUUGCUUCUCGCUUUCCACACCUGUCCAUGAACACACCUGGGCACACCUGGGCACACCUGGUACCCGGGAAUGCUUCCAGCAAAUGUAA